AUGGCCGAGGAAAGGGACAGCGGAGCCCAGGAGAAGGGUUCGGCCCAUCCCGUGGAGGUGUACACCAGGGGCUCAUCCACUUCCUUCAGUAUAGAAAGGUUGCUGGCACCCGCGACCAAGGGUGCAGCCGAUCUCGACCGGCAGAGCUCGUAUCGCAACGCUUGCGACUAUCCCGCGCACUCUUUAGAUGUAGAAGAGCCGGAGGCAUCCGGAUUGUCCGUCCACCCCGACUCUUCGAUGCUCGCCUCGGAGGAUAUGGAGUUUCAAGAUAUCGAAAGAGUGGGUUCCACCUCGUCGGAGCCGAAGAUCAUCGACGAGGCGUGCACGAGCGUGAGUUACGGGGCCAACUCGACCUCGGCGCUGGAGCUGAGCGACCGGGAGCUGCCGGAACGGAGCUCCAGCGCGGCCAGCGACGACGAGAGGAAGAAACGGCCGCGCACCGCCUUCACCGCCGCGCAAAUCAAGUCCCUCGAGGCGGAGUUCGAGAGGAACAAGUACCUCAGCGUCGCCAAGAGGCUGCAGCUCAGCAAGGCCCUCAAGCUCACCGAGACUCAGAUAAAAAUAUGGUUUCAAAACAGGAGAACAAAGUGGAAAAGAAAAUACACAAACGACGUGGAACUUUUGGCCCAGCAAUAUUACUCUAAUCUAGGGAUUCAUGCUCCCAGGCCGAUAUUUGUUGGGGACAGAUUGUGGUUUUUCAACUAUCCUGGACACUCUCAGCCAGGAACAUCUCUAUUACCGGCACAUUUUUCGCCACUGACUAUUUCACCGACUCUACCGGUAAUACAACCCUUACCAAGCAAUAUUCCAUCAAGUGGACAGCAUCACUCUGUUUUUCAAAACAUAUCAUCUAGUCACACAAAUUACAAUCUUAAUCAAAGAUUAGACUACAGGCAUCAGAACUCUUAA